CUCCUGACCCCAGACCUAGAGUCCCCUGCUCUGUGGGGGAUGUUCACAUGCUGGGGUGGGGGUCAGAAGGCUGUUUGCUCCUCAGGCCACUGCCAGCCCAGCCUCUAUCUCCACCUAAGUUUUUGUGUUAUUUCAGAAUAGAAGAAGCUACACACUGUGAAGCUCAAGAUGGUCCUGAGUGGGGCGCUGUGUUUCCGAAUGAAGGAUGCGGCCUUGAAGGUGCUUUAUCUGCAAGAUAACCAGCUUCUAGCCGGAGGGCUGCAUGCAGGGAAGGUCAUCAAAGGCGAGGAGAUUAGUGUUGUUCCCAACCGGUCUCUGGAUGCCAAGCUGUCUCCAGUCAUCCUGGGCGUCCAGGGAGGGAGCCAGUGCCUGUCGUGUGGGACAGGGCAGGAACCAACUCUGAAACUAGAGCCAGUAAACAUCAUGGAACUCUACCUCAGUGCCAACGAAUCUAAGAGCUUCACCUUCUACCGGCGGGACACAGGGCUCACCUCCAGCUUCGAGUCUGCUGCCUACCCAGGCUGGUUCCUCUGCACCGUGCUGGAAGCAGAUCAGCCUCUCAGACUUACCCAGCUCUCAGAGGAUGGCAGCUGGGACAACCCCAUCACAGACUUCUACUUCCAGCAGUGUGACUAGGGCAAUGCACCCCCCAGAACCUACCUGGGCAGAGCCGGCUCAGGCAGGGACGGAGGUAGAGGAAGACGCUGAUGGCAACCAUCCCUCCAUCUGCUCUCAGGGCCCCACCUCUGGCUGGGCACUUGGCCAUUCUCUCUUUUGAUUCCCAGUUUGGGUUAAUCCUUCUGAGAUUUGGGGCUUAGUCCACAGUUUCUUUCCCUGUUGAGUAGUGCUACUGGUGUAGAACCUUGCAAAAACUACUCGAGAUAAACUAGAAGUCACAUAAAAAGGUUCCCAAGGAGUCAGGGUAGGGGGAGUGUUGGAAACCCUUCAUGCUUCAUGGAACUUACCCAGUACCCCUGAGCCCCACAAACCAGCCCAUCCCAGGUAGAGCCUAUUAGGGCCACUAGCUGCCCACAUGAGGUCCUGUCAUCUACCACUAUGCAGGAGAGGGAGGUCAUAGAGUUAGGGACCCAAGCCAGCCCCCUCCCUCUUCCCUGUAACUCAGCUGCCAUCAUAUUCUACAUUUUCCAUCUCAACCCUCAUGCUCUAGCCAUGGCAGGAGAGGGUGGGGGUGUCCAAGGAAUUGACUCCAGUUCAGAAGGCUGAAGAAUGGCCAGGCAGGUCAUAUGUUUUGAAACCAAGAUGCUGGUAUCUAUUCACAUGGAAGGAUAUUUGUGACAUUUUAAGAAGAGCAAAUUACUAACAUAUCUUGUAAUUUCAUUUUAAUUAAAAAAAUACCUAUCUAUAUAUUUCUGCAUAGAAAAAAUUCUGAAAUAGUUUACUUCAAUUUUAGCAAUGUCCAUUCAGCAACUACAGGUGAUUUUUCUUUUUAUUCUUUUAUUUAAACAUUUUCUAAUUGUUCUAUAAUGGCGAUGUACUCCUUGUGUAAUAAGUAAGUUAAUCUUGAGGAAAACAGAGCAGGCAAUAUUUCUAGUCAUCUUCAGCAUCCACUUCCCUGAGUAAAAUUCAAAUUGAAUUGAGCUCUGCUGCUGUGGUCAGCAGCAGCAGAAUCAGCACACAGACCUCAGCAAAGCCACGAAGAAAGAGAAUAUGAUGAGUUAGAGUGGUUGGAAUCUCCUGGAGAAGGAAUUUAUAGAAAGAACAAUCCUGGAUCUAGAGUGGUCACAGCCCCCUGAGGUUGCAAGGUGUGGGUUUCAGCUUCCAAAGAGUCCCCUGUUGGUUGAACAUGUCCUUCUGGAAAUUUUAGACUGUGGCCUUAUUUGGAGAUAGGUUCUUUGCAGAUGCAAUUAGUUAAGAGGUCAUGCUGUAUUCUGGUGGGCUCUACAGCCAACAUGAUUACGUGUGUAAGAAGAAGAGAGGACAAACAGAGACACCCAGGAGACCCAGGGAGAAGGCUAUGUGAAGAUGGAUGCAGAGAUUGCAUUUAUGUGGUGAUAAGGCAAGAAAUGCCAUGACUGAGGCAACCACCAGAAGCUAGGAAGAGGCAAGGAAGAAUUCUUCCCCAAAGCCUUCAGAGGGAGGACAGCCUUCUGGUCUCCUGAACUAUGAGAGCACAAAUUUUCAUUGUUUUAAACCACCAGCUUGAUGGUAAUUGGUUAUGGCAGCCCUAUGACGUCAACACAGCUGCUGCUGACCCCAUCUCACAUCGUGUGUGUGUCCCCUCCCACAUUAUACCUGUGUUGUCUCUGUGACCAACAGAACAUUGCAGAAGCAAUAUUAUGCUGCUUUUCAGAUUAGAUUAUAAAAGACUCUGCAGCUCCUCUUUCUCUGUUUCUUUGUUUACUUGUUCUGGGGGAAGCCAGCUGCUAUCUCAUAAGCAUCCCUGUAGAGAGACCCAUGUGUUGAAAAUGAAGCCUCUUGCCAACUGCCACAUGAGUGCAUUUGGAAGCAGCUCCUCCAGCCCCAGUCAGGCCUUCAGAUGAUGCAACUCUGGCUGACAGCUCGAUCGCCACCUCAAGAGAGACUCUGAAGUAGAACCACCCAGCUAAACUGGUCUAGAUUCCCAACCCUCAGAAACUGUGAGAAAAUAAAUGUUUGUUGCUUU